CAGUCUUACGCGGGCACACAGAAACAACAUGGCGGAUGGAAAGAACUUCUCCAGCUGAAAGAAAUACAUUUAACGUUUUUUAAACUUUAUUGGUUCAUCAUGGAUGAAAAGGAGCUCGAAAGACUAGCACAAGAAGAGCUUUUGGCUGAAGCAAAGAGGGGAAAAAUUAGAGAAGAGACAAUGGGAAUGCUAGCAUGGAAAAAAUCACCAGUUCCACGUGCAAACAAAAGGUUUCUUAGCAAUAUGCUUAGGAGCACCACAAUAUCAAAACGAAAAAAAGUUGAGCAAGAUUCCAGCCAAAAUAUCAAAGGACUUUCCAAACAUCAUGACAAAGACAGCUAUAARAUGUUAGACAAGGCAGACAAAGAUAAAACAUCACUUAAACCCACCUCUUCAAAUCAUCRACAUGCUGAUCAUGACAAAAGAAGGUCAAAGCAUAAAAAGAAACACAAGUCAAAAAGAUGACUUUAAAAUUGUUGUAGAAAUCAAUAUUUUUUUAAAAUUUAUUUAUGCUACCUACAUGAUUGAAGUGUACAGCUUUUUCUCACCUAGUGAGAGAAAAUAUAUUUUAUAUUAGAGGAAUCAAGCAGUAAGUAAAAUCCUGGAAAACAGUGACAAUUUAUCCACAUAAA